UUCUAAUUCUUAUAUUCAUCUACCGGCAGAAACUUACAAUUUUCUUACAAAAUCCGACAAAAUAGAAGCUUUAUCAUAGAAAGAAGCAAUGUUUUCUGGCUUAUUACAAGCAGCAAAAAAUAGUCCGUUUUCUAGUCCUGUUCAACAGGCACAAUGUGAAACAAGAGAGCAGAAAUCAGUCAACAUGGCGGCUGCUGCUUCAGAGGAGUACAGUUGUGAAUUUGGUGAUUCCAAAUAUUAUGCUUUAUGUGGCUUUGGUGGUAUUCUAAGUUGUGGUUUAACACACACGGGCAUUGUUCCACUUGAUCUGGUCAAGUGCAGAAUUCAAGUAGACCCUGUAAAAUAUCAAAGUCUUGGUAAAGCUUUCCGUAUAACUGUUGCUGAGGAAGGUGUUAGAGGUCUUGCUAAAGGAUGGGCUCCAACAUUAAUUGGUUAUUCUAUGCAAGGACUCUGUAAAUUUGGUUUCUAUGAAGUAUUUAAGAUAUUCUACAGUAAUAUGAUUGGAGAGGAAUAUUCAUACACCUGGAGAACUUCACUAUAUCUAGCAGCCUCAGCAAGUGCAGAAUUCUUUGCUGAUAUAGCUUUGGCACCAAUGGAGGCAGUCAAAGUGCGUAUUCAAACUAACCCUGGCUGGGCUAACACUCUAAGGGAAGGAGUACCAAAAUUAUUGAAAGAUGAAGGUAUUCGAGGAUUCUAUAAGGGCUUACCUCCACUUUGGUUACGACAAAUUCCUUACACAAUGAUGAAAUUCUCUUGCUUUGAAAGAACUGUUGAGUUCCUUUACCACUAUGUUGUUCCGAAGCCAAGGAAUGAAUGUUCCAAGUCUGAGCAAUUGGUUGUGACCUUCAUUGCUGGAUAUAUAGCUGGUGUAUUUUGUGCUGUGGUAUCUCAUCCAGCUGAUACUGUUGUAUCUAAACUCAACAACGAUGUUGGUAGUUCACCAUUACAAGCUGCAAAAGAACUGGGCAUGAAAGGUUUAUGGAAAGGUUUAGGACCUCGUAUUCUUAUGAUUGGUACCCUAACCGCUGCUCAGUGGUUCAUCUAUGACUCCGUAAAAGUUGUCUUCCGGUUACCCCGACCACCACCUCCUGAAAUGCCAGAAAGUUUAAAACAAAAGCUACAAGCUCAAUAAACAUUUCAAAGCUUCAUAAACACUGUGCAGUAGCGCAUGUGAACAAACCUGGAUAAUCUAAUGUAUAUGAAAUUAUUUUAAAACCGUCGAGUCUAUUAAAACAUUAGGAAUUUUUUAUAAGGACAAUAAUUGUAUCUAAUUCAUAAUGUAAACUCAUUUCUGAAAAGUGAAGUGAUAAUAAAAAGCUUCAAAAACAGCAUAUUCUCCC